GCGGCCUCCAGGGCCUGGUCCCAGAGCUAGAGCGAGCCCUGCACAGUCUUCCCAGAGGCCAGUCAGAGGCUGAGGGAAGAGGCCGGGCUGAGGCCACCCUGGACAUUCGAGGCUUUUGUGGUGACAGGGAAGGGUGCAGGGACGCCUAGCUCUCUCUGCUGGACUUCGAGGCUCAGACCCACCAGUCCCAUGGCUCCUUGUCACAUCCGCAAAUACCAGGAGAGCGACCGCCCGUGGGUCCUGGACUUGUUCUCCAAGGGCGCAGCCGAGCACGCCCCCACCACCUUGCGCCACAUCCUGAAGCUGCCACGAACUCUUGUGCUCUUGCUUGGGGGGCCCCUCGCCCUGUUUGUGGUCUCUGGGUCCUGGCUCCUGGCCCUCAUGGCUGGCCUCACCCUCCUGGCUGCCCUGAGGUUCCUGGCCAAAUACCCCUGGACCCAGUAUGUGUCCAACUGUUUGCGCACAGACAUGCGUGACAUCAGCAAAACCUACUUGAGUGAGCCAGGCUCCUGCUUCUGGGUGGCUGAGUGUGAGGGGCGGGUGGUGGGCACGGUGGGAGCUCUGCCCGUGGGGGAGCCCACCCUGCGGAAGGAGCAGGUGGAGCUGCUUCACUUAAGCGUGGCCUGGGAGCACCGGGGCCAGGGGAUAGCGAAAGCCCUGGUCAGGACCGUCCUGCGGUUUGCGCGGGACCAGGGCUGCCAUGAGGUCGUCCUCAGCACCAGCAUGCUGCAGUGCUCCGCCCUGGCCCUCUACCAGCGCCUCGGCUUCCGCAAGACCGGCCAGCACUUCUUCACCAAAAGCUGGGAGCUAAUUGCUGUUCCUGCAUUUGAAUUAACCUACUGGCUCCCCUCUGCUCAUGCGUCUCAGGCGCCAGGGCAGAGACAGGGCCUGUGAUCUGUGUCCUUGUGGGUUAGUCAGGACAGGACAGGCUCUGCCGCAGUAACAAGCUCACCCGAGCCUCCUGUGAUAGCACAGUAAAGCUUCUGUUUGUGAACAUCUGAGCCCCACGGGAUGGUGGUGGAUCUGCUCCAUUUAGUCUUUUUCAGACGCCACUGUUCCGUUUAUCUACUGACACAGAUAAAAUCAAUCACAAAAGAAUAAUAAACAUUUCCUUAGCUGAAUUCUGUGAGUCAGCAAUGCCGAUGGGGCUUGGCUGGGCAGCUCUUUGGUCUCGGCUUUGUCCACACGUCCUGGGUGGCUGGUUCCCGAGCCGUGGGGUUGGCUGAGUGACGGGGUGCCUGGGCUUUCCUAGGUUCCCGCAGGCUCGCUCAGGCAUGGCUUCCAGGUGAUUGAAUGAGCCCAAGGGAAGCAGAAACAAGCAAAUGCAUUUUCAAGCCUCUGCAGGUGUCACACCUGCUAACAUUCCAGGCUCAGCGGGAAGAAAGGGACCCACCUCUUUAGCGCUGCAGGGACUCCU